AUGCCCGAAUCAACAUCCUCAAGCUCCUGCAAUCGUACUGGAUGCAGUCCCUCUUCACCACUCAACUCCAACAAUCUCAGUCAAGUGCCUCAAGCGAGCCAAGUUACUGUCAAUCGCUUUGCUCGCUCAUCUGCAGCCGAGAGUCCUUACUACGCCGGUGCACGUAUCUCCGAGCGAUCAAAACAUUUCAACGGGCUUUCCAGCCAAGUGGAUGCUGUGGAUAAGAUUUUGAAAGUGCAGAAAUAA